CCGUGUCUGUUCUCCGAGGCCGCCACCAGAGACUGGAGGGCGAGACAAGAGUGGCAGAAAGACGGUAGACCGAACAUCGAUUAUCUGGCCUCCCAGUUCGGAGAUGCGAGUGUACCGGUGGCCAACUGCAGCAAGGAGCACUUUAACUCUCACAGAAAAUCAGAGAUGAGAAUGGCCGACUAUCUUGACUACUGGAGGAGACACAUGGCGAUGGGAGAGGCGGGA